AUGGCGCGGCGCCGCCGUGGUGAAGUCGAGGAUGAGGUGGAGGCCGAAGAGCAGGAGCAGGAGCUGGACCAGGAAUCCCAUGGCGCCAGCUUGACCUUCAAUGAACCGCUCUCAUGGCGCGCCGGAAAGCCCAUUCCCACGGGAGAGCUCCUUCGACGGCUCGAUGCACUAUCAAAUGAAUUGCGCGAAAUGGACCAGGAGGAGAUCGACAAGGAGUCAUUCACCAAGGUUGCUAAGGAGUUGGCCGGCCAGAACCUCUUGACCCAUAAAGAUAAGGGUGUGCGCGCCUUCGCAGCGUGCUGCUUAGUGGAUGUGCUGAAGCUUUGCGCGCCCGAUGCGCCAUUUACUGGAUCGCAAUUGAAGGACAUCUUUACCCUCUUCAUUACCUCCAUAUUACCAGCCCUCUCUGACCCCUCUCAUGCCUACAAUAACCAACACAAAUAUGUCCUCGUAUCAUUGACAGAAAUCAAGAGCAUUGUUCUGCUCACGGACAUUCCUAAUUCUGAGGCGCUCACUCUCCAUCUCUUUAGCUCUUUCUUCGACAUUAUAUCCGGUUCCUCAAAGUCCUCGACGGGCGAGCAGAUAGCCAAGGAAGUCGAGUAUAACAUGACACAGAUGUUGGUCAUCUUAGUAGACGAAGCUGCAAGUCUGCCUCCGCAAGUUGUAGAUGUUAUCGUUGCCCAAUUUCUGCGAGCGACGAGUCCAAACAGCGGAAAGGGCAAGCAUGGAGAAGCUCGCGCCGGGGACAAACAGUCUACUCUACUCUCCAAAGAGCUCCCAGCAGCAUAUAAUAUGGCCAAGACGAUCUGCAAUUCCUGCCCGGAAAAGAUGGCUCGCUAUGUCAGUCAAUAUUUUAAUGAGGUUAUUAUGGAUGUGUCCGCAACUACGUCGAAACCCAACGGCCAUAGAAGGAUGAGCGAUGCAGCAGAUCUAGAGGAAGAUGAGGCGCCGGCUGGUCCCACUGAAUCCGAUCUUAAUGAGCUUCACAAAGCGCAUUUACUCUUGCGUGAGCUUUGGCGCGCAUCGCCAUCAGUUCUCCAAAACGUCAUUCCCCAAUUAGAGGCAGAAUUGUCUGCUGAAAACGUUCAACUUCGAUUGCUAGCUACCGAAACACUUGGGGACAUAAUAUCUGGCAUUGGAGCAGCUGGGCCUCCCCCCCCUCCACCCAUGGAUCCUGCUGCAUACCCACCAGCAAGACUUGAAGAUUAUCCCACUUCGCACAUCUCUGACAGCAUCCUCACAAAGCCCAUUUCACCACAGUCAUUCUCUCAGACUCAUCCCAACGUUUAUCACAGUUUCCUGGGAAGGAAGAACGAUAAAUCAGCAGUUAUUCGAUCGGGUUGGACAACAGCCAUAGGCCGGGUCCUUGUCACUUCAGCUGGGGGGAUUGGGCUAAGUCGGGAGGACGAAGCUGCGUUAGUCAAAGGACUGGGCGAGAAGUUGAACGACGCAGACGAGAGAGUCCGCCUCUCUGCUGUCAAGGCUAUAGGGCACUUUAGCUUUCGCGAUGUUAUGACGAAGCUUGGUCCAAAUGGGGGCGUUAGCAAAUCUGGGUCGGUCCUGUGUAGUCUGGCAGACCGUGCCCGUGAUCGACGACAUCCAGUACGAGUGGAAGGAAUGACAACUCUGAGCAGGAUAUGGGGUGUUGCCGCGGGCGAGAUCGCCGCAGGAAAUGAGACUGUGAUUGAGGCUCUGGGCGCCAUCCCAUCGAAGGUUAUCGAUGCGUAUUAUGCUAAUGAUCUCGAACUCAACGUGCUAUUGGACCAUGUCAUGUUUGAACAACUUAUUCCACUCAACUACCCACCUGGAAAAACCAAGGGAUCUAAAGCAGCCAAUGGAGAUUCGCAGAGUCAGAGUCAGACAAAUGGGGACGCACCCUUCAAUGCUGACAAGAUCCGAACCGAGCGUGUUCUACUAGUGGUAAAAUCCCUCGAUGCAAAGUCAAAGAAAGCAUUCUUUGCAAUGCAGGCUCGCCAACCAGUAUACUCCAACGUACUGCAUGCCUUCCUCAAGCGUUGCGAGGAAUUCAACGGCGGUGUUAUGGAUGAACACGCCAAAGAGAUCAAGGCAAAGCUCGAUGGUGUGGUCAAAUGGCUCGCAGAUCUGCUUCCGGAUCCUUUGCGGACCACCCAUGAAUUGUACAAAUACGCCAAGUUGCAUGAUCGGCGAAGCUAUCAACUUCUACGUUUCGCAAUGGGCCCCGAAAACGAUUUUAAAACGGUUUACAAUGCUAUCAAGGAAUUUUCCAAGCGCAUCGAAUCGGCACCGGGCGCUCCAGCUGGGCUUCUUGAAACUCUCAUUCCCAUUGUUUACCGUUCCGCAUCCCUCGUCUAUAAUCGCAGCCACCUGCCAGUCAUCAUGCAAUACACGAGAAGCGAUGAAAAUGGGCUGGGGGCCACAGCACACGAGGUUAUGCAUGAAAUUUCAGAGCGGCAUCCCAAGAUAUUCAAAGACAAUGUUAAAGAACUCUGCAAAAUACUGGCGGAUCAGUCGCCUUCCUCAACCAAAGCAAACGAUCUCGGAAGUGUAGAGACUUUAAAAGCUUUGGCAGCGUUUGCAAAGAACCCCAACAGCUCCAAAGAGAUACCCAGAGACCGCAAGUUUAUCUCGACCCUGAUAAACUUUGCUCAAUAUGGAACACCGCCGAAAGCUGCCAAGUAUGCCGUGAGCAUUUUGAUGGCUGCAUCCGACAAGAAGGAAAUGCACGCGAAGGAUUUACUGGAAAAGUCAAUGCGCGAUUGGGAAUUCGGGGGGGAUCAUUUUCUCACCAAACUUGCAGCAAUCAGCCAGCUGACACUGCUGGAUCACAAAAUAACCGACGAAGCUAAUGAUGAGAUUCUUGACAUCACUACUCAACAACUUCUCCUGCAGGUCCGAACGCCUGCUGCUAACGAUGAUCCGAGUUGGAAAUCUGAUGCAGACCUCGACGACGAAUGCCAGGCAAAAUGUUGGGCUCUGAGGAUAUUGGUGAACCGUCUUCGUGUGGCCGAGGACCGCGAGACCGCGCAGAAGCUCGCCGUUCCCGUAUAUAAGCUCCUAAAUGGGCUGAUUGUGAAAGAAGGAGAACUCUCGAAAAAGAACGAUACACCCAAGUACCACAAGUCCCGAUUACGCCUCCUUGCGGCCCAGUCGAUGUUGAAGCUGUGCACGAAUAAGUUGUUCGACGAAUUUCUAUCGCCAGUGGAGUUCAAUCGACUUGCAUUUGUCACCCAGGAUUCUCUGAUGGAUGUUCGUAAGGGCUUUGUGCAAAAGCUCCAAAAAUAUCUUGUCAAAAACAAGCUCUCCAACCGCUUUUACACCAUUAUAUUCCUGACAGCUUUCGAGCCUGAUCAGAGUCUCCGCAAUUCCAUCGUUACCUGGAUACGUUCUCGCGCAAAGGUUUUCCAUGACCAGAAAUCUCGAGCGUUAGAAUCAGUGUUUGCGCGACUUAUUUCCCUUCUAGCCCAUCAUCCGGAUUUUAGUCUACAGCCAGAUGAAUUAGUGGACCACGCCAGAUACCUUCUCUAUUAUAUCACCGCUGUUGUCUCAGAGGAAAAUCUCCCUCUAGUGUACAAGUACGCCGAGCGAGUCAAACAGGCACGCGAUGCAAUUCCGAGCCAACAUCCGGAAAACAUAUACGUGCUGAGCGAUCUUGCCACGGCUUUGAUUAAAAAGUGGCAGGAGAAAAGGGGUUGGAUCAUGCAAACAUGGCCCGUGAAAGUAGGCUUGCCAAUAGGGCUUUUUGCUGGGCUCCCAAGCCACGAGGUAGCUCAGGAGAUCGCGGAGAAGGUGUACUUGCCAGAGCCUGUGGAGAUGGAUGGGUUACUCGACGACUUGGUCAGGAAUGCUGACAAGAAAAAGUCUGUGAAACAGAAGCGGAGAUUCGAUGACAGAGACGAUGGUUCCCAUCCAGCAAAGAAGCAUAAAUCCGAACCAAAACACCGGACUCCUAAAGCUCCAACAGUGAGGAAAGAAAGGACUCCCAAAGUCAAGAAAACGCCAGCCAAGCCAAAGAAACCUAGGGCAAGCGGUACCUUAAGCACUCCAGCAACCAGUCCAGCCGAACGAAGGAAAAGUGGCCGAAGCGCAAGCGCAAGAAAAAGCUACGCCGACCGCGAUGACAGCGAAGACGAUGAAGAGAUGUGGGAAGGUGUGGCACAGUGGGAGUACCUCAGUGGAGAUCAAGAGGGUGCAGCCCCAAACCAGAAACGACCUCGCGAGACAGAGUCUGAAGAUGAAGAAGAUGAUGGUGAUUUGUCGUCUGCCCCAGAAGAAGAGGAAGCAGCGGAGGAGAAAGAAGAUGUAGAAAUGUCCGAUGUGGAGCCCGAGCAAACACCAGAGUCUGAACCCGAGCCCGAGCCUGAGUCGAAGCCGGACGAAGCGGAAGAGGAAGAAGCGGAGGAGGAAGAGCCCGAGCCUACCCCUCCUCGGUCCAACGGGAAGAAAGUCCAACCCGCAAAACCAAGCUCCAAAAAGACACCGUCUCGGGCCGCCUCAUCGAGGGUUACUAAAUCCAAAGCAAAGCCAUCGCCAGCGAAAGCUAAGGCCAAGGCCGAGGCACCAGUCUCCCGGCGCACUACUAGAAGAAGGGGUGCGGCCGCGAAGGAGGAUUCCGCCGUGGAAGGAUCGGAGUGA